GAGGGAGGUGGUAGUACCAGCUCGGACGAAGGGCGAGACGGUGGCCGGGAGGGCUCUGGGAGGGAAGCGGACGGUGGCCGAGAAGGUCCGGCAUGGAGCAUCUGGAGCGCUGCGCGUGGUUUCUCCGUGGGACGCUGGUGAGGGCAGCGACGCGGCGCUACCUGCCCUGGUCGCUGAUCGCUGCCAUGUUUAUGGGCUCGCUCCUCAAGGAGCUGUCUCCGCUGCCCGAGUCCUACCUCAGCAACAAGCACAACGUCCUUAACGUGUAUUUUGUUAAGGUGGCCUGGGCCUGGACAGUCUGUCUUCUCCUGCCUUUCAUUGCCCUCACCAACUACCACCUGACGGGCAAGACCAGCCAGGUCCUGCGUCGGCUGAGCACCCUGCUCGUGGGCACGGCCAUCUGGUAUACCUGCACCUCCCUCUUCUCCAGCAUUGAGCAUUACACCGGCAGCUGCUACCAGUCCCCAGCCCUGGAGGGCAUCAGACAGGAGCAUCAGAGCAAACAGCAAUGCCACCGGGAAGGGGGCUUCUGGCAUGGCUUUGACAUCUCAGGCCACUCUUUCCUACUGACCUUCUGUGCUCUCAUGAUCGUGGAGGAGAUGGCUGUGUUGCAUGAGGUGAAGACGGACCGCAGCCACCACCUCCACACUGUCAUCACCACCCUGGUUGUCGCCCUGGGCUUCCUGACCUUCGUAUGGAUAUGGAUGUUUUUGUGCACAGCUGUUUAUUUCCAUGACUUGAGUCAGAAAGUGUUCGGCACCAUGUUUGGUCUGCUGGGCUGGUAUGGGACAUACGGGUAUUGGUAUCUGAAGUCUUUCUCUCCAGGCCUCCCUCCCCAGACCUCUACUUUGACUCUGAAACGAGAUACUUACAAGAAAUAAAAGAGGAGGAAAGAGGGACAGGAGGACAAUGGCUAGCUGCUAGAUUUUUCCACCUACUUUGUCCAGUGACUGGCUGAGUUGUAGGUCCCACUUCAGAG